UACAAGUGUAUGUAUGUCUAUACAAGUGUAUGUACUUAUUAGAUAAAUAAUAAUUGGAAAAACUUUUAUUUACAUGCUUUAUCUUAAAAAUAAUUGUAAUCUUAUAAAUGAUGAUUAUGAAAAAAUGGAAUUAUGGAAAAAAUGAACGGUGAUGAAUUCUUCCUUGGAACAACCAUGAAAAACAUGUUUAACAUAUUAAUAAUGUACUGUUGGUAAUUCUUUUUGAUAUUAUUUUAUUUGUUAUUUUUCAAUAUAUAUUAUACCCUAUAUUUGAUCAAACGCGGAAAUUGCUGUUCGAUUAUUUGAGUUGCAAAAGUUCAGUUUAUGUCAAAACAAAUUUGAAUUUAAUAGCACUAGGUUCAUAUCAAAAUCGUCUGAGAAAAAACAAAAUAUAUCAAUAAGUGAGUUACCGGUACAAUGUCACAAUAUAACAGUACCGGUACCGGUAGGCUAUUUAGGUGUUAUGGCAUCACUGCAUUAAGCUCAGCACAAUCUGUCAACAUACAGAUUUAAUUAAGUUGAUAUUUUUUAUAGAGAAGUGACAAGUUCGUUCAUAAAAAUUGCUUUAAAGUCUUUAUGCUGGUAUGAUGCAAUUGCUGAAUUGAAUGGUCACUAUGGAAUUGAUUCGGUAUUUAUGCAACUAGUGACAGAGUGAAUUCUGUACCGAUAUAUUGAGAAGUGUAUUUUUGACUGGUUUAUUCGUCAUGUAUUCAUGGAAUUUUUAUUCAGCCUAUCCAUAUAUGGUUUGUAUGAAUACUUUACUGCCUUAUACUUUACACAUCGAUAGUAUUAUAAUAUAAAAUUGAUGAGUUUUUCCAGUUUCAAUUUCAUACCGUAUAGUCUGAUAGUCUAGGUAUAAUUACUAUCUGUACUGUAGUUACAAAAGAUGAGUGAGGAAACUGUUGAAGUCAACGAAUCCAAUGAUGACAUUGAGAACACAAAUGAUCACACAGAUCAAGACGGAGAAAAAAGUGAAAAACUUUGCAGACUUCCUAUUGCUCGUAUAAAAACGUUGAUAAAAGCAGAUCAAGAUGUUAACAUUGCUAGUCAAGAAUCUGUUUUCUUAAUAGCCAAAGCAACUGAACUUUUUAUCGAACAAUUAUCGAGAGAUGUUUAUAGAGUAACACAAGGAAAUAAAAGAAAAACAAUUCAGAAGAAAGAUUUGGAUAUGGUGCUGGAAAUUAAUGACGAACUGGCAUUUUUAGAGGGAACAUUGGACUGAUAUGAUUUUAGCAAUCAUAUUGGAAUGCAUUUGUACUCUAAUAAGAAGUGUUCCUCAUUUGGAUUUUGCCUAAACUGCUCAAUAUGUAAUGAAAAGUUGUGGAGUAUGUGAUAGGCACAUUACAUAUCUGGUUUUACUGUGUAUUUACUGAUAUAAGCUUGCAUUUGUCAUCCUUGCUUAUUAUUUGGGAAAAUUAACUUGAAAAAUGUACUACUGCAUCUAAUUAGACAUCCCAAACAUUCUAGUUUUUCCUUGAGCUUUU